CUUCCUUAAAAACCGAUACAAAGUUUGCCUCUCACAUUUGAGAGCAUAACACAUCUCUCUCUUCGUGUCUCUGUCUCUCAUUCUUAAAACUCCAUGGCUGAGGUCAGCAGCGGCCAAGAUGUGCCCGGAAUUAAGCUGUUUGGGACAACCAUUACAUUGCAGAACAAACAAGUAGUACUAAAAGAUGAUCAUCAUCAUCGUCAACCCAAGAAAGCCGACGACGUUCAUGACCAAACGGUGGAGAUGAAGAGGCCGGAGAAGAUCAUACCAUGCCCUAGAUGCAAGAGCAUGGAGACCAAGUUUUGUUACUUCAAUAACUACAAUGUAAACCAGCCUAGACACUUCUGCAAGGGCUGUCAGAGGUACUGGACGGCCGGCGGGGCCCUACGGAACGUGCCUGUGGGAGCCGGCCGUCGGAAAACCAAGCCUCCGGGCCGGGAGUUGGCUGGUUUCCCGGAGGGUUGUUUGUAUGACGCUUCAGAGGUGGUGCAACAGUUUGAGCUGGAUGGGGUGGUGGAAGAAUGGCACGUGGCGGCGGUACAAGGCGAUUUCCGACAUGUUUUUCCGGUGGUGAAGCGGCGGAGGAGUGGCCCAAGUGGUCAAACGUGCAGCUGAUCAUUGCCUCUUGACAUUUUUCGUCCUUAUAUACUUUAGUAAAUUUCAUGAAAAUGAAAUUAACAAUAUAAUGUGUUGUGUUAGCCUAAUGUUAAGGGUGCAUAUAUACAAGUGGUGAGAUAUGGGUAUUUAGUAA